GCCACGUACAUCGUCAAGGAACAGAGAUCGUCCUCUCAAACGCUGCUUCAAGAGCUUUCAAUGUCGAAUGUGAUUCCACUACGUUGAUUGAUUCAGCCUGUCGGCAGCAGAGCUCACCGGAACCCACGAUCCUGCCUGCCUGCCUUUCUCCUUAUAUAUCUCUCACUCGAGGGAGUAGAACCUACAGGAUUUCCGCUUGCUCGGUUGGGAUCAGAAGAUCAGGCUCGGGGCCGAGGUUAUGGUAAUUGAGGAGUAGGUGAUCGGGCAUCACAGGGAUGGCCAGAGCUUCCGCGACGCCCCGGAGUUCUGCGUACCUCAGCGCUCUCUCUCAGGAGAUCGAGAAGAAGCUUCAGCGGGCAUUGGCUUCUCCCCCACAGAGGCGCAACCUGUUGCAAGAGCUUUUCGCCGACGUAGCUUUGGAGGUCGAUGACAGGGCAAGAGAUAUAAUCCUCAGCAGGGAAGAAGAUACAAUUUCUCCAGCAGAUGACAGCCACCUCGGCCAGUUAUGCUUCUAUGAUGUCCUUGCUGAUUAUUAUGUUCAGGCACCUGAGAGUGGGAAACCAAUCCUCGACCUGAUCGUCCAACUAUGGAGUCAGUCGUUUGCAUCUCACAUUUUCUCCCUGUUGUUCCAUAAAUGGCUUUUCGAAGUUCAACUUGAUAAUCCUGAAGUGUUACUCCGUUACUCUUCUGCUCUUGCUCAAGGUGCUACAAAUGUUUUCUGGAUUGACAUCCAGACAAAUACAAGACGUUUCCAAUCUCUGUUUUGUUAUCUCCUGGACGAAGUCGCUGUGGAGCCUGCACGGUUGAAUAAAAUCCCUGUACAGGCUCAGCGGGAUCUCUAUCUUUUGCUUUCAAGGUUCAUACUAUUUUAUAACUCAGGUGACAAGUUAGAUACCUUCUUAAAGCACUGUCCAACUUUCCCAAAUGCUUUCUUGAUUGGUGGUCCAACAGAUUUCUUUGUUACAGAACUAGCUGAUCAGCUUCAGAAGUUGAAGGUGGAGCCUGUACUUUUGCAUUACCUUUCAAACCUUAAGGUUCUCCAAGGAAUGGAACUACGGAUGGCCACUAGUACAAGGUUAAAAACUUGUCUUUACAGCUUCACCUCACCAGGUGGACCAAUGUAUCCCACGAGAGCUGUUCGUCAUGCUGCUUGGGAUGCACUGGAUUUGCUCUUCCCAGUGGGACGGUACCCUCGGCAUAUCAUAAGCCUGUUCUUUCGGCUGCUAUACCCAUGGUACUGGCCUUCCUCCUGUUGGAACUUCGUAAUGUCUUGCAUAAAGGCCGUGUUAUACUCCCUGCUGGCUUACGUAUUUUCAAGUUGGGAGAAGCGGAGAAAGCCAAAGAGAACUUGAUUGUGUGUUGUAUAGGCUCCCUUCCUUGGGACAUAAAGUUAUGUUGUAUCAGCUGGAACAGGUCAUUUACAUUUGCGUGCUUCAAGGUGUGCUGGUCAUUUGUCACAUUAACCGAGAGUGCGUGCAACCAGGUUGAUCCUCACGAGCUUUGCCUCAUUUUAAAGCAAAUGCUCGCCAUGAUAAGAGCUGGGGGUUUACAUUUCUGUGUUUGCUGAUGUUUGUGGAACUUAUGGAUUGUGAUUCCACGCAUUUGGUCAGUCAAGGUGUAAUUUUAUUAGACUGCGUCUCUCUGAAUAUUUGGGCCUCCGUGACA